AAGACAGGUACGAUAACAUUUGCAAAAUGAAUAUCAUCCGUGCUUCGAGCACGGCGACUCAAAGUGCAAUCGCUAUGAAAGAUACACCGGACAGCCUCCAGGGAAAAACAAUUUCCAUAUCUACCCAGGCUUUACGAAACGCGAUUGAACAUCUACCAUCCGUCAACAACCAACGACUAAGAACUGAAAAAUACGCAACAAUGGGGAUACUCGUCCCUUUGAACUUCACCCUACUCUACAUGUUCAAGUCGUACUUGAAAUAUUUCUGGGGACUAGCUCCACUCGUUAUCAUGCGAUCUCUGGUCGACUUCAUCGAAAUAACCUUGGUCAUUAUAUUCUUCUGGUACCGGCGUCUAUACCCCCAGGUUCUUGAGGUUCCUAAAACACCGGAAAGCUUUGUCUACUUGCUUUGUUGCUACAAUGAGACUUAUAUGGAAUUAAUGGUUUCCCUAAAUUCUCUGGCCAUGCAGAAUUCGAUAGACGAGCAUAAAAAGCUUAUCAUCGUAGUUUGCGAUGGCCACGUUAGUACUAAAGGCAAUGCCAAGACAGCCGCUGCCUACCUAAAGGAAGAUAUUAUCGAGCGACCCUCUAGCACUUUCGUGCCUGAAGCCUACACCUCGUGGGAUGGAAACCAGAUGGAUGUUGAGCUUAUUAAAGGAGAGUUUAAAGGCUUUCCAAUUAUUUGCCUUAUUAAAAACGAGAAUCGAGGCAAGCGAGACGGAAUCGUUCUUAUCCGCUCAUUUCUUCAUAAGUUUAACAGCCGUAAACUUAGUCCCUCUCUAGCUAUGCUUACACCUAAGCUUUUCGACAAGCUCUCACUCUUUCUUGAGAGUAACCAAAUCCAGUCUGUCGACUACGCUAUUGGCAUUGACGCAGAUACUAGAUUCGACCCUGAAUGCGUCUCUAACCUAUUACAGACAGUGAGAGAGGGUGACAAGGUUGUCGGUGUGACUGGCUAUAUUCGAGCAGAUCCUCAAACAUCAAGCCCAAUUUCUCUUUCCUACCUUUACCAGAACGCUGAGUAUACAGUUGGACAGCACCGCCGUCGUCUACGUCAAAGCCUCACAAAUGGAAGAGUGACCUGUCUCCCAGGAUGCUGUCAACUUUUGCGAGUCCAGGAAUCUACUUGUGGCGACCACAUUUUAGGCAGAUUCGGUUACUAUCCUAAAGAAACUGACGGUCUAUUUCGAACGAUCCGGUCUAUGAUGAGCGAGGACAGAGAUCACGUAUGUCUGGUUCUGUCAGAAUAUUCUGACGUUCAAACACGCUUGUGCCUCAAAGCAAAAGCGUAUACUACAGCCCCAUGGAGCCCUUCUAUCUUCCUAAGCCAACGUCGGAGGUGGACACUAGGGCCUCUCACAAGCGACAGUCUUCUAAUCAGUCGCAAAUCAACUGGAUAUAUGGAAAGAAUAGCGGCGCUUUGUUCUGUGUUUCAUUGGGUAGUGAAUCCAGCGCUUUAUAUUUCAAAGUAUUACCGGAUUUUAGACAACAGAACACUCUCGAUCUUGUACUUCUUAGAGAACUACCGGAAAGUUUGGGAUUUAAUGUGUGUCAUCUUUUCUGCAAGGUCACUCCUUGAGUCACUCCAAUUACUUUCUGGGAUUAUAAUAUAUGGCCUGUGCGCACCAUUUGUUAAUUUCGUAGUCCAACUCUAUACUAUAUACAACUUAGAUGAUUUUCGAUGGGGCAAGACUCGUAUAGCAUCUCUAGGAACAACACCGACAUAUAAUAUAAAUACAUCCUAGAUAGAAUACUUGGGCUCAACGGCUACUAUAGCAGAAUAUCAAUAAAAUUGCCCGUGCUCCGCAAGGGCCUAUCACCUC